UCAUACUUGAACAUCACAAAGACUCGACAAAACCAUUUGUCUCAGACAAUAAAUCUCAAACAAAACAUACAAACAACAAAAGAUUCGUAACGUGAAUUGAAUGUUUUUCUCUUUCUUCCAUUUUCCAUCUUACUAUUUCUAACACCAAACCCAUAAAUCUUUCUUCUCCAAAAAUGGCAGCUUGUGUAUACACCGUUUCACAGAACGGAACCGGCGAUUUUCAAACGGUGCAAGAAGCAAUUGACGCCGUACCCCUCGGCAACUCUCGCCGGACUGUCAUCCGGGUGUCUCCUGGAAUCUAUAAGCAGCCGGUGUAUGUUCCUAAAACGAAGAAUUUCAUCACUCUUGCUGGGUUGUGUCGUGAGGAGACUGUGCUUACUUGGAAUAACACCUCUGCUAAGAUUGAUCAUCAUCAACCUGCUAGGGUGAUUGGAACUGGGACGUUUGGUUGUGGAAGCACCAUUGUGGAAGGGGAGGACUUUAUUGCUGAGAAUAUAACUUUUGAGAACUCUGCACCUGAGGGUUCAGGACAGGCAGUGGCAAUUAGAGUAACUGCAGAUCGAUGUGCCUUCUACAAUUGUAGGUUCCUUGGAUGGCAGGACACGUUGUAUUUACACUACGGUAAACACUAUUUGAAAGAUUGCUAUGUUGAAGGAAGCGUGGAUUUCAUCUUUGGCAAUAGCACUGCUCUUUUGGAGAACUGUCAUAUCCACUGCAAGUCUGCAGGGUUCAUAACCGCACAGAGUAGAAAAUCAUCACAGGAAGCAACUGGUUAUGUAUUCUUGAGAUGUGUUAUAACAGGUAAUGGAGGACAUUCAUAUGCAUAUCUUGGACGACCGUGGGGACCUUUUGGAAGGGUUGUCUUUGCAUACACUUUCAUGGAUCCGUGUGUAAGACAAGUUGGCUGGGAUAACUGGGGGAAAGUAGAGAAUGAGAGGAGUGCUUGUUUUUAUGAAUACAGGUGUUUUGGACCUGGUUGCUGUCCGUCAAAUCGAGCAAAUUGGUGCAGAGAAUUGGUGGAUGAAGAAGCAGAACAGUUCAUCAUGCAUCCUUUCAUCGAUCCAGAACCAGAUAGAUCUUGGCUUGCUCAAAGAAUGGGCUUGAGGAUUCCAUAUUCUGCGUAGAAAUGCUCUUACACGAGAAUGGAUGAAUCAUGAUUCACUGGAGAAUAAUGUUUAGAGUCAUUACAGAGAAGGAAAAUAGAUGACACGUGAAAGUAAUUUGAUAAUUGUGCAAUGUGUAUCAAUUACAUGUAGUAUGACUAUUUUGUUAAAAUUAAAUUGCAUACAUGGAUAAAAAUAUAUCUGCUUAAAAUACCCUGCAAUAUUGUGUGUAGUGACAGGGUCGUUCCUAGAGUUUUACGGGCUUUAAAGCAUAAUAUGAGAAAAGGGCUCCUUACAUAAUACAUCAUAAUUUGUUUUA